ACAACUCCUGUAAGCAGAGUUUUGAUUUCUGAUUUUACCAUCACCAACCAAAAAUCUCAACGACUCCACGGUCAGCAUUUUCUGCUGGGUUCUUAAACUUUAGGUCUUCAAUUUUUCAGGUUAAGCUUUCACCACUAUCCAUCGAAGCUCUGCUGCAUUCUCCAAUGGCUCUCUACGCAACAUUUAUGCCUCCCUCAUCUCCAAAAUUUAACCUUUACGCCAAAAUUCGUGCACCCUUUUACCCUCACUCUAUUAGAUUCCUUAGCCCCUUAAAAAUUCGGGCUUCAACUACUCUCGAUUAUUCUAAUGUCUCUGCCAACGACAAAUCCUCCUCUUUGAAGACUAGUAAUUGGCAAUGGAAAUUCAAGGACAAUCUUAUAAACAUUUAUUAUGAGGAGCAUGUAAAGGAGAGCCCGGAGCCUUCGCAAAAUAUAUUGAUGAUGCCAACCAUUUCUGAUGUUAGCACUGUUGAGGAAUGGAGAUUAGUGGCUGGAGACAUUGUUCAGCGUAAUGGCAAUGCCAAUUGGCGGGCAACUAUUGUUGAUUGGCCGGGCCUGGGUUAUUCUGAUCGGCCAAAGAUGGAUUACAAUGCUGAUGUCUUAGAAAAGUUUCUGGUUGAUUUUAUCAAUUCACCAAAUAGUCCCAUAAAACAACCAGAAAAUGAUCUGAUAAUUUUUGGGGGAGGGCAUGCUGCAUCUAUAGUGGCCCGUGCUGCAAAAAAGGGCCUGGUGAAGCCCAAAGCAAUAGCUGCUGUUGCACCAACUUGGGCUGGUCCCCUUCCUAUUGUGUUUGGUCGAGAUUCCAGCAUGGAAACAAGGUAUGGUUUUCUAAGGGGCACCUUAAAGGCUCCUGCAGUUGGGUGGAUGAUGUAUAACAUGCUGGUGAGCAACGAGAAUGCAAUCCAAUCACAGUACAAAUCCCAUGUAUAUGCCAAUCCUGAAAAUGUGACUCCAGGCAUUGUGGAAAGCAGAUAUGCACUGACAAAACGAAAAGGAGCGAGAUACUUGCCAGCAGCGUUUCUGACCGGUGAGUUAGAUCCGGUUACAUCCCGGGAGGAGUUCCUGGAACUCUUUGCAGCUCUGGAGGGAAAGACACCGGUUCUGGUUGUAUCAACCAAAGGAUCUCCUAAGAGAUCCAAGGCUGAGAUGGAAGCUCUUAAGGGAGCUAAAGGGGUGAGCAAGUUUGUGGAAGUACCAGGUGCACUUCUUCCACAAGAGGAGUAUCCUGCUUUGGUCGCAGAAGAGCUUUAUCAGUUCUUGCAAGAAUAUUUUGGCUCUGUUGCUUAGACUUGAUAGAUAUUUAAUUUCUUUUGACGAUUUAUGUAUCAACAGGAGAAUGUCAUCAUCAUUGAUGAUGUUCUGCAACUCUUCCCCUUCAGGUGCAUCUUUUGGAGGCACAGAUAUUAAUUGUUGAGGAGGGUGUAUACAACUAUACAUGGUUUAUGUAGUGUUUUUUUGUUUGAUUUGUAAAGAAAUCCUCGUGUAUAAGAAGCUUAGACUUAUCAUCUUUUUCUUUUUGACAUUUCACAUAUUAUGGGAUUAAAGUUGUUAUUGUUUUA